AUGGGUUCGACGCAAUUCGGGAAUUUCCAUGACUUUUGUCGAGACUCGACAUUACCAGUCUGCAAUCUCUUCAAGGAAAACCAACCCCCAAAUAAAGACUUCGGCGGUUGUCCCCUCACGGGUAUUGGCCUCAGCAAUGACAGGAACCUAAGCAAUCUGGGAUCGAUCAUUCUAGCCUUCAUCUCGAUCCUCGCGUCAGUCUUUUUGAUAUGGAGAUCCGAAAGGAAGAAGGCAGCCGUUGGGCGAAGGGAGAUGCAAUUGUUCCUCUUCGGCUUCAUCGUCAUCGAGAUUUGUGAAAUUUUUACCGUGGGUGGUUUCCCACUUGACGAUGCGGUUCGAAAGGGUUUUUCGGCUGCUCAUAUUGCCGCAAUCACUGCAACUUGCUGGGUUCUUUUGUUGAAUGCCGCCGUGGGUUUCCAACUGCUCGACGACGGCACACCCGCUUCGAUGGGUCUUCUCCUGACCUCCGCCUUGGUUUUCUUCAUCGGAACGGGCUAUAUUGCCCUGGAUACCGCGUUUUCAUGGACCGGCCAUUUCGAUUCAAGUUUACAGGGCGAUAACCGGAAUAUCGCCUUGUACGUGCUGUACCAGCUGUUCCCGCUGGUGUGUCUUGUGGUUUUUUACGUUAUGGAGUCCAUCUUGGUGCUCCGGAUCUUGGGCGAGUUUCGGCCGAUGUUGUACUUGACCAGUGCAGGUCUGCUGUUCGCUAUUGGCCAGAUCUUCACCUAUGUCAUCAGCGUUCAUCUUUGUUCAGCAACAGAUGGCAAAAUCAACGGUGCCCUGUUUGAAACUCUUUUCACACUCUUGGCAGUGGCUAUGAUCUGGAUGUUCUGGAGUAGUAUCACAGAGGAUGACUGGCCGAUGCCGGUGACAAGUGGCGGCCCCGGAUACAACUAA